AUGGAUUAUCUGAGCAGUCUGAUCCAACGGAGCAAACGGCCGAUGACGAUCGUCGCCAGCGUAUUCGGCGGAGGAUAUCUGGCGGUAUCAUAUCUACGAUCGAAGCUGGAUGAGAUGCAGGACUCACUCACACGGACGAGGGCCUGUACGGAAAAUUUGCGACGCAGGUUCGAACAAAACCAGGACGAUUGUUCGUUUACCGUCUUGGCUCUGAUACCCACCUUAGGCAAACAAGUCAUCCAAGCCAUGAACGUGGAACGACUAGUGGAAGUAUUAAGCCAGACCAAGUCUCGUUCAACUACUCAGAUCGGACGAUCACCUUCUAAUCAAGAGAAAGAACCCUCGAUCAAGUCGACUCCACCUCCAGAACCAGAGUCGAUCCCGAAUGAAGAUCAUUCAUCUGAGCCACAUCCUUCCCUCGAGAAUUCGAUCACCACAUCCUCCUCCUCCGAAAUCAUCAACCCUCUCGAUCCAACUCCGACCGAAAGAGCACCCAGCGAUGAGCCGCCAGCUUCCAAGCCAACAACAGCUCCAUUUCCCCAGGAUCUUGCCGAAUUACUCGUCCGACCCGACGGCACGGUUCUCCAGAAACGAUCAGAGAUCUGGCGGGAAAUGAUGGUGGUCUCGUUUACAAGACUGUUUACGUGUCUAUAUGGGGUCAGUCUGUUGACCUUACAGACACACGUCCAGCUGGGACUGUUAGGACGGGAUGCCUAUCUGAGCAGCAUCCUUUCGGUCGAGAAGCGUGAUGAGUCGGAGGAUGAACUGAGGGACGACGAGCAGGUCGAGCUCUGGCCUGAACCCGUUGACUCGCUCGACAGUCCUACCGAACGGCGUUAUCUUACCUUCUCCUAUUGGUACUUACAUCAGGGUUGGCUCGUCCUCGCUCGUAGGACUAGGAUCGCCGUCGUCGAUGCACUCGCUUCUAGAAACUUGAAAGAUUUCGUCUCGGCCUCUGAUCUGCUUGAGAUCUUUGAUCUCGUUCGGAAAAAGGUCGAGCUCGAAGCGGAUGGAUCUCAGUUCAAUUUUGCACCGAUCUUACUUCCGACGAAUGAAUCGGAUGAGAUUAGGACCUUAGAGCAGGGAGGGAUGAGUUCAGCAGAGUGUCAGAUAGAUGAGCGGCUGAGGAAGUUAUUAGAUGAGACCCAAGACUUUAUAGAUUGUCCCGAUUUCAGACUAGUGCUUUCGAAUGUUAUGACUCGGAUCCUUGAUCUCUGCCUCUCUAAUCUCUUCCGUCAUGCCCAACUCGAUCCUCCUCAGCUCUUGCCUUCCCUGCCGAGGUUCUCUGAACUGCAAGGGGAAGAAGCUUGCCCGCCCUCAUCGUCCACUCGAUUUGUCGAUAUCCUUCCUAUUAUCUCUAAGGAGAGUCUCGAGAUCUUGAAUGUGAUCCCUAAUGAAUACAUCCAGACUAUUGGUGAUACUUCUGAGUUGAAGGAGUUCUCGAGUGUGAUCUAUACUACGUUUGAUAGGCUGACUGAACUCAUGAUGACGUCAUCCAAACCCAUACACUCUGAAGUCAAGUCACCCAAUGACCAAACCCAAAAAAAACCAAAAAACCAAAACCAACCAACAACAUCCCAUUCCCAGGAUAGGAUUAGGAUGACUGCCAUCAAGUUAACCGAACUGCCGCCGGCGGUCAUCAAGACCAUCUUCGAACUAGAACCAAGCCUGAUCCAUCUCUUCCUGGUCAGACUAGCAAACCGAGCACUACACCAACUCACUAGGGAUAUAGUCUAUCAAUCAAUCACCAUCCAAGAUAACAACCAACAACAGCAGCAACUAAACUCAAUCCUCAAUGGACCACAGUCAUACUCACUGGCAGUCAGAACGAUCCAAUUCAUCAACCAACUCACAGAGGAAGAACAAGAACAAGAACAAGAACAACAAGAAACAAACAACCAUCCAACUAACUGGGAUAUCCUCAUAAGGCUAUUGAGCAAACUACCCAACCUGAAAACAUUUAUCUGGUCAUCCAACCGGAUCCCAGACCAACAACUAAUCAGUCUCAUCGGAAUCCAUUCAACCAACCUCGAAUCAUUCACACUCGACAUCCCCAACCCAAACCAACUCAACGAUCAUCAUCAUCAGCACAGUCCCCCACGGCCGAACAAUAACGGACGACAGCGUUCACAUACGACCGGCGGCUGGAUCGAAGACUCGGACUCUGAAACCGAACUACUGACGAUCAGACCGAUCAGAUGGGAUGCAUACCCUAUCGAGGCAUUGCCGCCAACACUCACCCAACUCUCGAUCUCAUCACUCUCUGUCAUCGGGGCUAGGAACCUCUCAAGAGCCUUCCAUUCUCUCACCUGGACCGCACUCACCGACCUAACGCUCUCAAAGAGUCUCUUCAUCGACGAUGAACUCAUGGCUUCCAUCGCCAUCGGUUCCAAGAAAAUCAAACGCAUCUCCAUCCAGGGUAUGUCCGGUACCAAACUCACCGAACGCGGCAUCGAACAACUCUUCUCCGGUCUCGAUGGAUUAGAGGAAAUCGAGUUAUUCGACGUAGAAGGUCGGUUUUCGAAAGUCGGUUGGUUAAAGCUUGAUGAUCUCCCGCCAAGUCUCAAGAGUAUCAAAUUUGGAUAUCACGAGACCGGCUCAUACCACUCCUGGACGCUAGACCAUCUACAGAAUAUUGUCUCACUACUAGCACUCUAUCCGCAAAAACUAGAGCAUUUCUCGGUAACCCGCUUCGUACCUCUACCGACCAUGUUACCCGGAAGACACGCGAUCUUCCCCGAGCUGAGCUGCAACAAUCGCACAACACCCCAACGGAUCUCCAAGGAACAGAUCCUCUCGAUCGUCGCCCAGGGGAAAUCUCUCAAGGAACUCAACCUCGAUUGGUGGUUGAUCAGCGUCGAAGGCCUUGAAGUGAUCGUCAAGGGACUCCCCAACUUACGGAAAUUGACUGCGCUCGUCGAUGCCCCUUUCCAUCGAAUCAUCACUUCCACCGUAUUCGUCCAUAGCAAGAUCCAGACUCUGAAGGUCUCCAUCCCUCCAGAGCACACACCGCUGGUACAAGAGUUAUCGCAAGUCCCGAUGACGCCGACGAUGACAAGCGCAGGCUCACCGAUCAUGACCCAACAAUCGGGCAGCUGUGGUGUCGUAUCACCGGGCGGGAUGUGGGGCAGUCAGAGUAGCACCUCUCCGAUCCCGACCCGGGAUCUGAAGAAGUUCAUCAAGCGUGCGGGUCAUCUUAAGGAGAUCAUUUGGACGGGACGGGGCGGUUUGGGAGCAUGGAAGUUCGUGCGGAACGGGCCGAGCGCCUUGAACGUCCGGGUCGAGUUCACACCGGUUGCUGCUUGUCUUCCACCCGAGGCUUUCGCCUACCAACACAGCCUCCCCUCCUCGGCCCCCUCCUCCAAGUCGUCCCACAUUCGCGCCGGCUCUUCCCCUCGCCAGUUCUUCGGCCAUCCUACAUCGUUCGUCCGGAACGGAACGCCGAUCGCUCAUCGCACCAGUCGUAGAACGAGUAGCACUGUAACCACUGAGGAUGGAUCGACGACGACAACGACUUACGAUGGCUAUAGCCGCAGAAGUAGUUCAACUAGUCUGGCUACUAGUUGGGCCUCCUCAUCCUGCGCUCAUCUCCCUCCCCUCCCACCUCCCUCUUCAUCAUCCUCAUCCUCCUGCUCUGCUCCUUCGACCGGCUUCCAUCAUCAAUCGAUCCUCAAACAUGGGAUUCUUGAUGAUAUCCCCGGGACUCCUCCGGUCGCACUAUCGGAUCAAGUGGUCGGCUCGAAUCUCGUUCCUCCAACCUCUGAUUCACCAGAUCUUCUCUUGAAUGAUCGAUUAGAUCAUCAUCCGCAUUAUCUUUUGAACCAUCAUCAGCAUCAGCUUGGGCUUGAUCUUAAGGAUCAUCCAUCCUCCACUCCCAAGCAUAUCGCACUCGACAAUGCCCUCAAUCUCGACACCCUUAGCCUUCUUCCUUCCUCCGAUACUCAUCAACAAAUCCCGUCUGCUGAUCUGAAUUCUUCUUCUUUUAAGUCGUCUUCUUCAGAUUCUUCAGAGUCUGUUAAGGUACUUCCUUUAUCUACUUGAGAGUUUCUUUUUUUUUUCUCUUUACUUAUAACAAAAGUAAACAGAUCAUAUACAAUAAAAUAAAUGUGAUGGGAUCCUUAUUUAUGAAAAACGAUUUUUUUGUUUUGUUUUGUUUUGAGAAAAAAAU